AUGCCAAUGACUGGUAUGCGUGUCGGCUGCCUCGCAGCACCCAAGCAUUAUAUCGAUCCGUGCACACUUCUCCAGGCACAAUUGACGUCAUGCACGAAUACCGUGGGCCAAGUGGCUGCUAUCGAGGCACUGACGUACGAGUUGGAGUGCAUGGAGAAGGACAAGCGCCGCAUUACAGAUGUGAUGAAAAAUCUGGACACGAAGCGCCGCUAUAUCGUCAAGAGACUGACCGCUAUGCCAAACGUGCGAUUUGCGUACCCAACGUCUGCGUUCUAUGUGUUCUUGGACUUGUCAAUUUACUUUCAAGGAAAAAAGGUGUUCACGGCGGACAAGAGCAUGUCGCUUGCGGGCGUUGAUGAUUUCUGUGAGCACCUGCUCUGUUCCAUUGCAGUAGUGCCUGGCUCGGAAUGUGGUGACGAGUUUGGCAUGCGCAUUUCUUAUGCGAGCUCAAUGAAAGCAAUCCAACACGCGAUGGAUGGCUUGGAGAGCUUGCUUCAAUCUCUGGUCUUUGAGUAG